ACACCGCCCCUACGGAGGGUGCAGCGGGACGUAAAGAAACCAACUGUCGGUUAAGUCUGCUAGCUGUAAACAAAUCUCUACGACACCGCGAUGAGCGGAAAACACUUGUAUCCCGAGGAGCGGCUGUCCGCGCUGUCGCCACCGCGGCUAACGUCCACCAUGUAGACCGACGCCUACGGCUCACAGUCCGGGGACGUUACGACGACUGAUCGCUACCUCUAGCCAGACCUGUCAUUGCUUUGGCCGGUGUUAUCACAGGUAUUUUUACGCUACGUUGCCACAAUGGUCGCCGGGUGAUUUGUACAUCAAAGCUGGCUCGCUAACGGUUGGCUAACCGUAUGAAUCUGGCUGUUUAUAGCGGCACCAGCUACACUGAUUUCAGAGGUACAUGAACAUGGCAUCGCCCGCAGAGCACGACCUGACGCUGUCUGAGGCGGACAGCAGCAAGGAAAAAUCUCAGGUGUUUGGGAUUUUAAGGCUGCAGGAGGAGAAAUCCGUUGGGGAGAGAGCUAACAGUAGCAGCACAGUGAGAGGAGGAGGAGGUGGAGGAGGUGGCGGUGGGGCAGACGGGAGAUGGCAGGCUCCUAUCUUCGCUUUGGCCAGGAAAGCAUCCGAAACCAUUUCAGGGAGCAUUCACGUCCUGCCCAAAGUGUCGGAUCACAGGACGCCUCUGCCCGGGGACUGGACCGUCCAAGCCCUGCGAGACCCCAUGUCCAUGGAGCGAGCCAAUCUGCUGAACAUGGCCAAGCUGAGUAUUAAAGGACUGAUAGAGUCGGCUCUGAGCUUUGGACGAACUCUGGACUCAGACUACCCUCCUCUCCAGCAGUUCUUUGUUGUCAUGGAGCACUGCCUCAAACAUGGCCUCAGAGUGAAGAAGUCCUUUCUGGGCUUUAACAAGUCUCUGUGGGGUCCUCUGGAGCUGGUGGAGAAACUGUGUCCUGAAGCAGCAGAGAUCUCCGCCUCUGUACGAGACCUGCCUGGACUUAAGACUCCAUUAGGCAGGGCCAGAGCUUGGUUGCGUCUGGCUCUCAUGCAGAAACGGCUGGCUGACUACCUACGACUCCUCAUCACCAGAAAAGACCUGCUCAGUGACUUCUAUGAGAAUUCAGCGCUGAUGCUGGAGGAGGAGGGAGCAGUGAUAGUGGGCCUGCUGGUGGGUCUGAAUGUCAUUGAUGCUAACCUGUGUGUCAAAGGCGAGGACCUGGACUCUCAGGUUGGUGUAAUCGACUUCUCCAUGUACUUGAAGAAUGACAUUGAUGAUUACAGGAGUGAAGAGAGGAAUAGCCAGAUAGCGUCCAUCUUGGAUCAGAAGAACUACGUAGAGGAACUUAACCGACAACUCAAUUCCACAGUUCAGGGUCUUCAGGGCAGAGUGGACUCUCUGGAGAAGUCCAACUCGAAACUCAUAGAGGAGUUAGCCAUAGCCAAGAACAACAUCAUCAAACUACAGGAAGAAAACCAGCAGCUGAGGAGUGAAAACAGUCUCAUUCUGCUGAAGGCACAACAACAUUUAGAGGUAACCCAAGGCGAUGCGUCAGUGGAGAGAGAUACAUACAAACAGUCACGUCAGGGUUUGGAUGAGAUGUACAACGAGGCUCAAAGGCAACUGAAGGAGGAGUGUCAGCUCAGACAGGAUGUGGAGAAUGAGUUGGUUGUCCAGGUGUCGAUGAAACAGGAAAUGGAGCUGGCCAUGAAACUUCUGGAGAAAGAUAUACAUGAAAAGCAGGACACACUAAUCGGACUGAGACAUCAACUGGAUGAAGUCAAAGCCAUCAAUGUGGAAAUGUACCAGAAGAUGCAGUCAUCUGAUGAGGAGAUGAAGAAGAAGAACGAUGUGAUCACUCGACUGGAGGAGAAGACCAAUCAGAUCACUGCCACCAUGAAGCAGCUGGAGCAAAGAUUACAGGAGGCAGAGAGGCACCGCAACUCGGCCGAGGAGGGAACCAGACGCUUCAAGUUGGACUUUGCCAACAAGGCCGACAGCCUGCAGCGGCAGAUCGAACACAGAGAAAGACAACUCCAGCAGCUGGAGACGGACCUGAAGAUAGAGAGGGAGUGGAGACAGACGUUACAAAAUGAUCUAGAUAGAGAAAGGGACACAGUGGCUCAGCUCAGCACAGAGGCGCUGCAGAUCAACGGACUUAAGAAGGAGUUCCACCGUCUCCAGGAUGAAAACAUUCAGCUGAAGACCAUCUGUGAGGACCAAGAACAAGCUCUUGAGGAAUUGGGCUCCAAACUUAGCGAAUCCAAACUGAAGAUUGAAGACAUUAAAGAAGCCAACAAAGCUCUUCAGGGAGGUCAGGUUUGGUUGAAGGACAAGGAAGCCAGCCACUGCAAGCUGUGUGAGAAGGAGUUUUCGAUCUCAAGACGAAAGCACCACUGUAGGAACUGUGGGGAGAUUUUCUGUAACAGCUGCUCCGACAAUGAGCUCCCUCUGCCCGCCUCACCAAAACCAGUCAGAGUCUGUGACACCUGCCACGCCCUCCUCCUUCAGCGAUGCUCCUCCAAUCCUACGUGAUCACUUCAAACUAUCUGAGACAGACUGAUGAAUGCCCUCUGUAAGAUCCACCUCCAGGCUUCUCUCAACAGAGUUUGCUGAUAAAACUGGACCAUGUGCAUGAACAUUUAGUACAUAUUUCGUUUUGAUUCACUACUUUAUUUGCAAACGCUCUGCAAAAUACAUUAAAACAUCUCAUCUGGUAAGCAAACAGAGAUGAAAUCAGCUCACUAUAACGUGGGCCAACAUGUCUUAUUGGAAAUUGAAUGUGCGAGAAUAUUUGGUCUGCUUUAUUAUCAGUAACAGUCAUGUCUUUUGGCAGUUAAGUGGUCCUAAAUUCACAUCAGUUAUUCAAAAGAAAGUAUUCAAAUUAAAUUUAGAUAUCACUGACCAUGACAGAGGCACAUGAGGACGGAGCUCUGAAAGGAGGAACUAAUUUAGAAAACGGUAUUGAAUGUGAUGAGCACUGCUGCAGACUCUCAACCAGACCUUCAGUCUUAUGUUGUACUACAUCAUCAUAACUGAUGUAACAAGCUUCAGUAUAUUGUAAAGGAAUAGCCAAACAGAUGAAACUAUAUCAUUUCUAAAUGUGGUAUCACAGCCUUGUUACUGAAUCUGACUGCAAAGCGCCCUCUUCUGAGUGGGAGUGAAACUGACACAAUGGAAACAUUUGCACAGACACAGAAGAUCAAGUCAAUCUGACAGCCGGGUAAAUUCCAACUUUUAGUAUUUAGAAUGAAAUAUAAAGUUGACAUAUUUCUUUUUAGUUGUCUGGGAAAAGACCUGAAUUUGUUUACUUUGUUAUUUCACAAGAGCAAAAUGGGAACAUGGUUUGUAACAACAAGACUUUUAUUCAAACUGAUUUUAGGGAACGUUCAGAUUUUGUUUUGCUGACACUAUGAUCAGACUAGUUCCCCAUUGAGCUGUGGCUCUGAAAUGAACUGAAAAUCGUUUUUGGCUUUUUUGGCGUUUUUUUGGUUUUUUUUUCUAAUCUGGAUUGGU